CCCACCGUCUAUGUCACACACUAUUAGGACCACAUGGAGGCAGAGAAAGAGAGCUGAAAGACAAGGCAGCGGCUGCACAAACAAGAGCUGAAGGGGAAUCGGCAGUUAAUUCCAGUAAACAAGGCUUUAUAGGCAGGAGUGGACAGCGAGAAGUCAGAUUUCUGUGUUCACAUAGACAAAGACACAUCUGUCUCUUGUAGCAGUGAAAACACUUUUAGCUCAGAACAGGAAGCUUAAAUCAUCUGACAGUGACAUUACAGUAUCUGCUAGGGUGCCGGCAGCGUUUAAAGGAAGCGUUAAGGACAAUUUACUCAAGUGCAGAGUGGACGUAGCUGUGGACAGUGAUGGAGACUAUGGAGCUGGAUAGAUCUUAAACAAACAGGAUGUGAUCUGUCCUUUUAUAGUCAUAGACUUCUGGCCUAGUGGAGCAGAGGAGAAGUUAAUCAUCAGAAUUUGUUUGACAGAGCAGAGUGUAUUCGAUGGGUGGAGGAGCCACCCGGCUGUACAGCGCCCUGACUCAGACCAGUAGCAGCUCUCCUCUCCCCCUCUCUCCGUCCCACCAGCCUGCGGACACAAACCUGGAUCCAGCUUUCUGCAAGGUGACUCCUUCUCUUCUGUUCAUGAAGGGGUCCCCUGUGUGUCCCCCCGAUCCAGUGGAGCUGCUUCGACAGUGUGAGGAGGCCCUCAGGGACCGACCGACUCGCUUCCACAGGAAGUUCACUCACCUCAAUGAUGGAGACAGCGCCCCCGGCAGUCCCAUCAGGGUGAUGCAGUGGAACAUACUGGCCCAAGCUCUGGGCGAGGGACUUGACAGUUUCGUCCAGUGUCCCCCGGAGGCCCUCAGCUGGUCCCGCAGGAAGUACCUGAUCUUAGAGGAGAUCCUCACCUACCGACCUCAUAUCCUGUGUCUGCAGGAAGUCGACCACUACUAUGACACCCUCCAGCCGGUCCUGGCAGGUCUGGGUUACAGCAGCGACUUUUGCCCUAAACCUUGGUCGCCAUGCCUGGAUGUGGAAGGCAACAACGGCCCCGACGGCUGUGCGCUGUUCUUCGAUCAGUCGCGGUUCGAGUUCCUGGAUAGCGUGAACAUUCGGCUCUCUGCCAUGAGGAUUCCAACCAAUCAGGUUGCUGUGGUGACGAUGCUGCGUUGUCGGAGCACAGGGAGAUGCGUUUGCGUGGCCGUGACCCAUCUGAAGGCUCGUGCUGGCUGGGAGUGGCUCCGCAGCGCUCAGGGCUCUGACCUCCUGCGACAACUCCAGAACCUGGUCCAGAAACAUGCCGGCGAUCCCGCGGGUGCCCCCAGCUCUGACAUUCCUCUGCUCAUAUGUGGAGAUUUCAACGCAGUCCCAACUGAGGAGGUGUACCGACGUUUCGCCACAUCGCCUCUGGGUUUGGACUCGGCCUAUAAGAAACUCAGUCAAGACGGUUUGACCGAACCGGAUUACACGUCAUGGAAGAUUCGGUCUACAGGGGAAUGCUGUACCACUCUGGACUACAUCUGGUACAGUCAGGACACACUGAGAGUGGACGCAGUUUUGGACAUGCCCACAGAGGAACAGAUUGGGCCAAACAGGCUUCCGUCCUUUAGCUAUCCGUCAGACCACCUCUCUCUGAUUUGUGACGUCAGCUUUAAGGAGAAGGAGUGAGGAUGGUAAAUGAUGAACCAGCACACAGGAAGGCACGACGCCGAGAAGAGACACAGUCGAGAUCGGCUCCUGGUCGGCUUCACUCGACAAGAAGGCGUGCAGAUGAGACGCCACGUGGGAGUGACAGGGAGAGGAUGAAGACGGGACACACAGAGAAACCAGGACACAGAGAAACCAAAUUGGGAAGCUGGUUAUUUCAACUGGAUGGAAAAGUCCGAUAACUUAUGACGCAGAAGUUGCAGAGAUACAUGCUGCAACAACAUAGUCUACCUCCCCAAAGCCUAAUACUGUGCGAGUGUGUUUUCUGCACCAGGUUACUGAUCUCUACCUUCACCUGUACUCAAACACAAAUUGCACAGUGAAAGUAAUGAAUGGGAUUGGAAACAUGAUUGUUUUUAUUAUAUAUAUAUAUACAGUAUAAAAAUAAUCCUGAAUUCCAAAUGUUUUAUUGAAACUGUAGUAAAUGUUGCCAUUGCACUACAGAGUGACUGACAAUAAAGGGUUUUUGCUGAACAUG